AGACAUUGAUCCACAGUCACUUCCUUUAUCUUCACAGUGGAGCAGGCUUCAAUCAACGGACUGAUCCAGGAUGGUAAAAGACCGUGUGGAACAUGAGAUCUCCACAAUUCAGGCCUGUCACAGUGGAAUCUCUGUGGACCUCUUCCUGCACCUGUCACUCAUACCUGCUGUGUUGAUUGUAGCGGUGCUCUCCUUCCUCCAGAAGAGAGCAUACAGCCUGGCCAUCGACCGCAGACUGCCCUUCCUGGGGGGACGUUUUGGCAUCGUGGUGCCUUUGGAUACUAUAGGCAGCCUCAGUAACCGUUGGUCCUAUGGGUUUGCUUUUGGUGCAGUGUCCAGCAGCGUCCUGCUGCUCUUCUCUGAAAGUUACAUCCCCUUCACCUUCCCACCCUGGGCUCGAGCUCUCGUGUACCUGGUGGGAGCUUUAGAAGUGGGCAUAGUGUAUUUUCCUUUCUUUGCUUGUCUGUCCACGCCUUUUAGAACAGCUGGUGCUGUGCUGGGAAUACUCUACUCUCUGUCCUGGAUCAUCGUCACAGUGUGGGACACGUUCACCUGUCCUGAUGGUAAGAUUUUAGGUCCAUACCAGAAGGUGAUCAUCCAGUGGCCGUGCAUCCUCUCCCUCCUCUUCCUCUUGGGUCGAUUUAUUUACAUCCUGGUUAAAGGUGUUCGAAUACGGCUGCAGUUGGAACAGGAGGACCCCGAGGAGCUGAUUGAGCGACACCAGGUGCAGCAUGUGAAGGGACUGCUGAGGAAAACACCAGCACACAGUAAACCACUCAGCUGGUUCCAGAGGCGGGUGUAUGAGUGGGACCCACACUUCAAGUUCCCCAACAGGAUCAUUGGCACUUCCAUUAUAUCCCUCAUAGGCCUAUAUACGAUGACUCUCGCAGACUACAGUCUCAGUAAUGAGGCUUUUGGCCAAGUGGACAGGUGGAAGGACACAUUGCAACAACUGGUUUCUUCUUCUAACCAGACUGAGGCUCUGGGAGCCAUGAUACCACAGCUGGAAGAAUUCAUUGUCGUGGCUCGGAAGUCUUGGCUAGCUACCACCAUCUUCGCUAGUCUCAACUCUGUUGCGUACACUUUCCAUGUAUUGGCAUGUUACAGGAAACACUUGAAGAGACUGUGGAGAGGACAGAGGGGUUUUCUUCCUGAGAAGUUUCACAAACCCAGUUCUGCUGUCAGCGUAGCUUCCAUUGCAAGAUACUCUGGAUGGCAAAUAGCGUUUACACUGUGGGGCUAUCUGAUUGUCCAUUUUGUCCACUUCCUGUUGGCCCUGCUCGUGGCCUAUGUGCUGUUUAUCCCUAUACAGCAUGGGAAAGUACUGACUAUGCUCACUAACCUGGGAAUCAUUGUUCUCACCAUCGGUCUGAUAAUCAGCCUGGUGAUUCUCCAGGUUGCUCUGGUGCAGAUCUUCUUCCUCCAGGACAAAAUGUCUCCGACAGAUAAAGACAAACCUCUGGCUCUUAACAACAGGAAGGCGUUCCACUGCUUCAACUACUUCUUCUUUUUCUACAACGUGGUGAUGGGGAUCAGCAACUGCAUCUUGAGGCUGCUGUGCAGCAUCGUUGUAGGAACGUGGCUGGUGUCACGCAUAGACCGAACCAUCAUGCAGAGAGGAUAUGAAAGCAUGGAUGCCGGCUACAGUACUUGGAUUGGGAUGAUCUUUGCUGACCACUAUCAUAACAAUCCAGUCAUGGUGUGUUUCUGUCAGCUGCUCGUCUCCAACAAGCUGGAGAGACACAAGGCUUCUGCAUACUCCACAUUCAACAACAUGCCAUCUGAACCACCUGUUAACAGUAAGGCCAGGAGGCGCUGGAUGUUGUUUCACACUUUGCUGAGAAACCCUCAUCUGAUCCCGCUCAGAAAGCAGCACCUCUCCUCAUCCUCGUUGUUACGGACAUCUUCAUCUCCCCAGGCAGACAUGCUGGUGCGGGCUUGGGUCAUGGCCUCACUAACGCAGACAAGCCAAGUGGAGUCACAGUCCCUGCCAGAGGUCAUAGUCACUCCAUCAGAGGACUGUUGAAGAAACAUUUCCAUUGAUUCUUUUUCAUAAAACAAAGGCUUGAAAUCCAAGAUUGUACAUGAGCCCUUUUGUGGUGGAUCACCAUGUCGCUAAGGGAGUAAUGUGCUGCUUGUCAUCUCACGAGGCAAAGGCAGAGUUUAUGAUUUUAUUAAUGGGCUCAUUCGUGACAAAAAGCCUGACACUACAAUCAGACUGAUUUGACUUGGUUAAUGUGAUCAGAGGUAGAUUUCAUCUUUCUACUCAUUUCAUAUAAUGAUAGUGUGAUAACCGGUACCAGAGAUUAAUUGUAUGCGGUUGAAAGAUUUAAAUAUGUGUUGUUGUUGUUGUUGUUGUUGAUAAAACCUAAGCUUUAUUUAGUCUUGUCUCCAGAGUUUAUACCAUUGACUAUAGAAACAUCUGCUGGAAAAAUCAUUAAGUCAAAUUUGAACUGUUGUAUUGUCUAUAUACAGUCAGAGGUAAAUGUGAACCUUUGUACAUAAUCACAAUAACGUCUGUAACAUCUGUUGUAGAAGUGGACAUGGAGGUACAGCUGGGCCAUUCUUUGAUAAUAGUUUUUAUUAUAAUCAGCUGCAUCACACAGAUAUUCUGCUUAUCAUUGGAGGUUUGUGCAAUACAGAUCUAACUGGAUAGCUUCUGUAUGAUAAUAAUAAACUUUAUGUGUAGACAUCUGUAAGAAA